AUGCCGCUUCGAACGAGUCCCGGCCGACGUAAAAAGAAGAGCGCGGUGUCUGCGGGCGCGGAUAGUGGGAGAGCCGGGAGUCGAAUCGGCAACCCGCGGUCCGCGCGCCAACAAAGAGCGGCGGCGGCGUCGGCGGCGGCAGCGGCGGCGGCUGCGCGGCGGGCGUGGCUCUCCCCACCACCGCCCGGGGGCGGCGGCGCGCAAUGCGGGGCGCGCGGCGCGGCGCGUCGCACGGGGGCGUGCGUGCGGUGGGGCGGAGGCGGCGGCGGCGGCGGCGGUGGCGGCGGCGGGGGCGGCGGCCGGCAGGCUCCACCCUGGCGUGCGCGCCCACCGCAAAAACUGUGCCACUGGGUGGAUAUUUUUUCGCGGCUGGAGAAGGUGUGGGUGUGGCACGGCGGUAUGACUGGACAGGCGUUAUCUUCAGGGACAAGACAAGGACUGAUGCGGCCCCGGGGGCGGCCGGCGGCCGGCGGCUGCGGGGCGGACAGAUUAAUGGAGGAUUACAGCAGCGCAGACGAAUUACGCGCCUCCCCUUAA